GUAUCCUUAAAAAGUGGCAAUGACUCUAGCAAGAGCUCAUCUGGUUCACUACAGCCUGAAAACACUCUGAAAGCGAGCUUGGACCAGUUGACAAGAGCAGUUGAGGCCCUCCUGCGACUCCACAUGAAUUCGUGUAGCAGUUCUGCAGCAAUUUCUCCAAAAGACAGUAAGAAUACCAAGGAAGCAUGGACUGCCACAGAACAUCUCCAGUUCACAAUAUUUGCUGCUCAUGGAAUUUCCCCUGUUUGGGUAUCAAAUUAUGAAAAAUACUACUUGAUUUGUUCUCUGACCCAUAAUGGAAAAGAUCUGUUUAAACCUGUUCAGUCCAAGAAGGUUGGCACAUACAAGAACUUCUUCUACUUGAUUAAAUGGGAUGAAUUAAUAAUUUUCCCCAUCCAGAUUUCACAGCUGCCUUUGGAAUCAGUCUUAUGUCUGACUUUGUUUGGAAUCGUAAAUCAAAGUAGUGGGAGUUCUCCUGACUCAAAUAAACAGAGAAAGGGCCCAGAAAUUUUGGGUCAGGUUUCUCUACCUCUUUUUGAUUUUAGGCGAUUGUUAACUUGUGGGACAAAGCUCUUGCAACUCUGGACCUCACCACAUCCGCAUACAUCAGGGAUGGCCAGUAAGAAAGGAAAUAUGGACAGAAUAGUAUUGCAGAUUGACUUCCCAUCCCAUGCUUUUGAUAUUGAAUAUAAAAUUCCUCAAGCUGCAAAGACUACUGUGCAUCAUUCCAUAGAAACAUUAGAAAAACCAUUAAGAGAACGCCUCCUUGCCAUUCUCUUGAAGGACAGCACUAUAGGGCUAUCAAAAGAAGAUAAAGAAUUUUUGUGGGACAAGAGACAUUAUUGCCAUAGUCAUACUAGUAGCCUACCAAAAAUAUUGGUUAGUGCUCCUCACUGGGACUGGGCAAGUCUUCCAGAAAUAUAUUCAUUACUUCAGCAGUGGCCUCCUUUAUCACCCUUAGCUGCGCUGGAACUACUUGAUUCAAAGUUUGCUGAUCAGGAAGUACGAAAUACAGCUGUGAAUUGGAUAGACACAUUAAGUGAUGAUGAGCUAACAGAUUUCCUCCCUCAAUUCGUGCAGGCAUUGAAGUAUGAAACUUACCUUGACAGUGCUCUUGUCAGAUUUCUUUUGGCUCGGGCGCUGGGAAGCAUUCAAAUAGCACACUACCUGUAUUGGCUUCUUAAGGAUACACUGUAUGAUACAAAGUUUGGUGUAAGGUAUGAGCAAAUUCUUGGAGCUUUUCUUUCAAUCUGUGGAAAAAGGCUGAGGGAAGAGCUGGAGAAGCAGACCAGACUAGUGCAACUUUUUGGAAUGGUAGCAGAAAGAGUAAAGCAAACAAGUGGAUCUGCUCGGCAGGCUGCCUUGCAAAACGGUAUGGAGCAUGUGCAGUUAUUUUUCUUGAAGAACAAAUGCCGUUUGCCUCUCAAUCCCAGUCUUGUGGCAAAAGAGCUAAAUAUUAAGGCCUGUUCUUUCUUCAGCUCCAAUGCAGUACCACUGAAAGUUGCGCUGAUAAAUGCAGACCCUCUGGGAGAAGAAAUUAAUGUGAUGUUUAAGGUUGGAGAAGAUCUGAGACAAGAUAUGUUGGCUUUACAAAUGAUUAAGAUUAUGGAUAAGAUCUGGCUGCAGGAGGGACUGGAUCUACGGAUGGUCAUCUUCAAGUGUCUCUCAACUGGAAAAGACCGAGGCAUGGUAGAGCUUGUUCCUGCUUCAGAUACACUUAGGAAAAUUCAAGUGGAAUAUGGAGUGACGGGUUCUUUUAAAGACAAGCCUCUGGCAGAAUGGCUGCGGAAGUAUAAUCCUACAGAGGAGGAAUAUGAAAAGGCUUCAGAAAACUUCAUUUACUCUUGUGCAGGAUGUUGCGUAGCUACUUAUGUGUUGGGAAUUUGUGACCGCCACAAUGAUAACAUAAUGCUUCGAAACACAGGGCAUAUGUUUCACAUUGACUUUGGAAAAUUUUUGGGUCAUGCACAGAUGUUUGGCAGCUUUAAAAGGGAUCGAGCUCCUUUUGUGCUAACAUCAGAUAUGGCUUAUGUCAUUAAUGGUGGUGAAAAACCCACUAUUCGCUUUCAGUUGUUUGUGGAUCUCUGUUGCCAAGCUUACAAUUUGAUAAGAAAACAUGCAAGCCUCUUCCUUAACCUGCUUUCAUUGAUGCUUUCUUCUGGGCUACCAGAACUAAGUGGGGUUCAGGACUUGAAGUAUGUCCAAGAUGCUCUCCAGCCCCAAACAACAGAUGCAGAAGCUACCAUUUUCUUUACAAGGUUGAUCGAAUCCAGUCUGGGAAGUGUUGCCACAAAGUUCAAUUUCUUCAUUCACAAUUUGGCUCAGCUGCGUUUCUCAGGUCUACCUUCUAAUGAUGAACCCAUCCUCUCAUUUUCUGCCAAAACAUAUUCUCUUAAACAAGAUGGCCGAAUCAAACAAGUGUCUGUGUUUACAUAUCAGAAGAGAUAUAACCCAGAUAAACAUUAUAUCUACGUAGUGAGAAUUUUGAGAGAAGGACAAGUUGAGCCAACAUUUGUCUUCCGAACAUUUGAUGAGUUCCAGGAGCUCCACAACAAACUUGGCAUUCUCUUUCCUCUUUGGAAGUUACCAGGCUUUCCUAAUAAGAUGGUUCUGGGAAGAACCCAUAUAAAAGAUGUAGCAGCUAAAAGAAAAGUGGAGCUCAACAGCUACAUACAGAGUCUGAUGAACAGCUCUCCAGAGGUGGCAGAAUGUGAUCUUGUUUAUACUUUUUUCCAUCCAUUACUUCGUGAUGACAAAGUGGAAGGAAUAGAUGGAAUAGCCAGACCUACAGAUGCAAGUCCAUCAAGUCCUACCUCAGGCAAAGUGGGAGGAGAAGUGAAGCUGUCCAUAUCAUAUAGAAAUAGCACUCUGUUUAUCAUGGUGAUGCACAUUAAGGACCUGGUUACAGAAGAUGGUGCAGAUCCAAAUCCUUACGUAAAAACAUACUUACUUCCAGAUACGCACAAAACAUCCAAACGCAAAACCAAAAUCUCCCGGAAGACAAGAAAUCCAACUUUCAAUGAAAUGCUUGUGUACAGUGGAUAUAGCAUGGAGACUUUGAAACAGAGAGAACUUCAGUUAAGUGUGCUCAGUGCAGAAUCGUUACGCGAGAACUUUUUCUUGGGUGGAAUUACACUCUCGCUAAAGGACUUCAACUUGAGCAAGGAGACUGUUAACUGGUAUCGACUAACUGCUGUACCGUAUUUGUGA